GUGAAUGGACCACUCUCACGCAAAGCCAUCGACUGGACUGACGACCAUGCUUCUGGUGUGGAUGCAAUUUCACGCGACCAACUCGAUUGGCCAUGCCAUGCCAACCCCGGGCUGUGUUGCUCCGAGCCCCUGCAACGAGGCAACGGCAUCUGCAACCUCGCGCAUCCGCCCGCCGGUGACGACGGACCACCACCUUCGUUAGACGACAACCAAAAGACUGGGUCCUACACCGCCGGCAGCUGCGGUAGCGACAGCGGCAGCAUCGGCGCCAGCAGCGAUAGCGGCGGCUCCAGCGGCCACAACUCGAGCACCAACACGAGCACCGACAACAGCAGUACAUACGCCUUCAGCAGCCUGGACUCUGAUUGUCUGGCUUGGCUGCGUCUGAGUGUGCGCGACGUCACCAAGCCGGUCGGCGCAUGGGAGGAGGCUAAUCGCCCGAUGCGGGCGCUGGCGCACAUAGAAGCGUUGCCCAGGGCCCAGCUUGCCAAUUGGAUUGACGUGUUCAACACUAACAUGCUCGGCUUGCGCAUGAAUUUCGUGAGCUCACGCCCCUUCUGGCUACCUUAUUCUUCCAGCCUCAUUUCUGUCCUAACUUGGCUUGCCGCAACUGUUGCGCCAAUAGCACUUUUUAUUCGAAGCUAUGAAGGCCAGGAUGGUGUGGCCUCUAUUUUGGUGAAUUUGCCAAGACAGGGCCGGAGGGGGGAGAUAACGCAAUCGUUCGACAUAAAGUUGCUCAGGGGAUGGACUUCACUUGUAUCUUUGAUGGGUUGUGUGAUAAGACUCGCUGACGAUGUCGGUGAAACGUCUGGGACCCCACUUAGUCCAUAUUCUGACGCUGGCAAUUAA